AGCACUUCUACUUGCCACCCACAUGAAUUAUAUGGUUCCCCUUUCCAAAACUUCUGUGUCUCUCUCAUGGCAUAAAAAAGGGGUUAUUAGUUGUUUGGUGACUUAUUAAGACUACUUAUUCAUUUCAUUCAUUGAGACUUCAUGAUACCCACACGAAAUAUGUGCUUCCCCUUGACCUUAUCGAUCUAUACUCUUAUUUAGUUCGAUCUAGUUGUUAAUUAUCUCUCUCUCUCUCUCUCUCUCUCUCUCUCUCUCUCUCUCUUAUUAGUUAGAGUCCUACUUGAAGUGAAGUUUGUAUGGAGAUAGAGGCAGCAAGUGCUAGUUAUGGUGGUGGUGGCCAUGGUGGUGAUGUGGAGAAUGUUGUGCAGGGGUUUAACGGUGGAGAUAGGGCUCCGGCAUUUUUGGUUUGGGAAGAUCUAACCGUUGUGCUUCCAAAGAAUGGAACCACCAGGAGGUUGCUUAGUGGGCUCACUGGGUAUGCUGAGCCGGGUCGGAUCAUGGCUAUCAUGGGUCCUUCUGGAUCCGGGAAAUCUACUCUUCUUGAUUGCUUGGCAGGAAGACUAUCAAGAAAUGUUGUCAUGACUGGAAACAUUUUGCUCAAUGGAAAGAAGCGAAGACUAGGGUACGGUGUUGUGGCUUAUGUCACACAAGACGACAUAUUAUUGGGAACUCUCACAGUCAGAGAAACCAUCACGUACUCAGCAUACUUGAGGCUUCCAAGUACCAUGUCCAAAGACGAGGUCCAUGACAUAGUUGAAGGAACAAUCAUGGAAAUGGGCCUUCAAGAAUGCUCUGACCGCCUGAUUGGAAACUGGCACUUGAGAGGCGUAAGUGGUGGGGAGAAGAAGAGAGUGAGCAUUGCUCUCGAAAUUCUCACACGCCCCAAUCUGCUGUUUCUGGACGAACCCACAAGCGGCCUUGACAGUGCUUCGGCCUUCUUUGUCAUCCAAACACUUAGAAAUGUCGCUCGGGAUGGAAGGACAGUCGUCUCUUCUAUUCAUCAGCCCAGCAGCGAAGUUUUUGCACUCUUUGACGACCUCUUUUUGCUAUCUGGGGGUGAAAGUAUAUACUUUGGAGAAGCAAAGAGGGCUGUACAGUUCUUUGCUGAGGCAGGAUUUCCAUGCCCAAGUAGGAGAAGUCCUUCUGAUCAUUUCUUACGUUGUAUUAAUUCGGACUUUGACGUUGUAACAGCCACAUUGAAAGGAUCGCAGAGGCAUCGUGAAGUUCCUAAACCAUCAGAUCCUCUCACGAACUUGGCAACGGUGGAGAUCAAAGGCAUGCUUAUUGAGAAGCACAGACGGUCAGGGUAUGCAGCGAAGGCUAGAGCCAGGGUCCGAGAACUAUCUACCAUCCAAACACAUGAGGUUGAAACCAAAACUGGAAGCCAAGCUGGAUGGUGGAUGCAACUUUCAACUUUGAUCAGGAGAUCUUCUUUGAACAUGUCUAGAGAUGUGGGAUAUUAUUGGUUAAGGCUAAUAAUCUACAUACUCGUUUCUUUUGGCGUUGGCACAAUCUAUUUUGACGUUGGCACAAGCUAUACAGCGAUCUUAGCUCGGGGAGCUUGUGGCGCGUUUAUAUCUGGUUUUAUGACAUUCAUGUCCAUCGGAGGCUUCCCGUCCUUCAUAGAAGAAAUCAAGGUAUUUUAUCGAGAAAGGCUCAACGGAUACUAUGGAGUUGCUGUCUUUAUUCUCUCAAAUUUCAUAUCUUCGUUCCCAUUUAUGGUCGCCAUUGCUGUCUCUACCGGGAGUAUUACUUAUUUCUUGGUCAAAUUCCGGCCAGGAUUUUCUUACUAUUUAUACUUCUGCACCAACCUUUUCCUCUGCAUUUCUGUCAUAGAGAGCUGCAUGAUGGUUGUAGCUUCAUUAGUUCCAAACUUCUUGAUGGGAAUAAUAACAGGAGCUGGAAUUAUUGGAAUAAUGAUGAUGACCGCUGGUUUUUUCCGUUUGCUGGAUGACCUUCCCAAACCAUUCUGGCGCUACCCGAUUUCAUACAUCAGUUAUGGGGCAUGGGCGCUACAGGGUGCAUACAAGAAUGACUUGCUAGGACUAGAGUUUGAUCCUAUGGUACCCGGCGACCCAAAACUAAAGGGUUCAUAUAUCAUCGAACACAUGUUCAGGAUCCCGCUAGAUCACAACAAGUGGUGGGACUUGUUUGCCUUGCUAGUCAUUCUCAUUUCGUACAGAAUCACCUUCUUCAUUAUUCUCAAGAUCAAGGAGAGAGCUUCACCGUGGUUUUGGUCUCUCCACGCAAAGAGAAAUCUUCACCGUCUCAGCAAGCGGGCUUCGCUCAAGAAAAGGCCGUCUUUUCCUUCCAUGAGGCAUCAGCCUAUCCGUUCGUUGUCUUCUCAAGAAGGCCUUAACUCUCCUAUUCCGUAAAAUCCAUGGUACGUUGUCGAUGAUGUCUAUGCCCCAGGCUGAGAACGUCCACGGCGAAGUUAUGUGCAGCUCAGAUGGAGGAACAUGCAUAAGAUUCGCAUGAAUCUGACACUUGUGGCAACGGUUUAAGUAUCAACUUUAAUAGCUCCUUUCUGCAGCUUAUGCUGUGAAAGUGAUUGAUUGUUUUACAGAUUAUUAUGAGACAAAAUUCAUUCUCCGACGACGAAUUUCACCAUUUUUCCUUCCCUUCAUUUGGUGGAGUUUUAUAGGACUAUUUUUCUUGAUGCUGUAAAUUUGUGUGAGAAGAAUGAAAAAUGAUAAGUGAUGCUGUAAUACUGUGAUUUUAGGGUGGAAAUAAACAUUGUUAAUCUGUUUUGAUUCAA